UUAUACGUUGAGUGAAUGAGUGUUGAGCGAAGGGAUGGCUGGCAUUGACUGGUAGUGGGUUUGGGAACGCGAUGUGUGAAUGGUAUGGCAUUUGAGCUCAAUUUGUGGACUCAUUUCUUUGGAUGAAUGAAACGAUUGAAUGAAAGCAUAAUUGAGUGUCUCAUCGAUGGCUUCAAUGGAUACCAACGAUCAGGAGAUGGACUGUCAGACAGAUGUGAGCGAAGUGUUGCAACUGAUCCACAAACCCAUGCAAAAGGGAGAGCUGUGGUAUCUGUUGGACAAGAAGUGGUUUGAAUUAUGCAAACUAUACGUCAACGACAGGCAACAGGUCCACAAUCCCGGACCCGUUGACAACUCAGCGUUGUUUCAAUCGAUGCCGACGACUGAGCCGUGGACUCUUCGGGAGCGACUGCAGGAAGAGCUGGACUACCAGUUCGUGCCCGAAGAGGGCUGGCAUUUGCUGGUGAAGGAGUUCGGAGUGACCAGCGAUGAGCACGUGAUCCGUCGGGCGGUGAUAGAACAGGGAACCUAUUCGGCCUAUUGUAUGGUUGAGGUCUAUCCCAUUGAACUCAAACUCUGCACCUAUGGCUCCAAAGACGUGGACAUUAUCAUCAAACACUUGAGUCGAGUGACAACAUUGGCUCAAUUGGAGGCCGAUAUGAAGAAACUGUUUUCAGUGGACGACACGAAAGACACCCAAUUGUGGUCGAAUGGGUCGGUACUGAACGCCCACAACGAGUUGUCAGAGCCCUCCAGUUCUAACGAUAAGACGAAUGACAACCAGAGUCUGAACGACGCCGGGCUUAUCAGCGGAACUGUUGUUACUCUGGAGGUGCGCAACAGUGACGGCACGUGGCCUUCGAGUCGUCCCCGUUAUGGAGUGAUAGCGACGCGAUCGUCGAAAUGUGUUCCCGGUUUGUGUGGACUCAUGAACUUAGGGAACACUUGUUUCAUGAAUAGUGCGCUCCAAUGCCUGUCCAACACUCAGCCGCUGACUGAGUUCCUAUUGAGCGAUCAGUACUGGCAAGAGUUGAAUACUGAUAACCCGUUGGGAAUGCGCGGAGAGAUUGCCAAGAGUUACGCCGAAUUGAUCAAAGCGUUGUGGAGCGGAUCCCAUACCUGUUUGGCUCCCAGAGAGUUCAAGCUCUCUGUCGGACGCUUUGCCCCGCAAUUCAGUGGUUUCUCGCAACAGGACUGUCAGGAAUUGAUGGCAUUCCUAUUGGACGGACUCCACGAAGACCUAAAUCGAGUCAAACAGAAGCCGUACAUCGAAGUGAAGACAGACGUCGAUCUACGACCCGAUAGUGUGAUGUCCGCUGAAUCGUGGGAUAAUUACAAGAAGAGGAAUGAUUCGAUAAUUGUGGACACAUUUCAUGCUCUUCUCAAGUCGACACUCGUGUGUCCCGAUUGUAAUCUCGUGAGCGUUACGUUUGAUCCGUUUUGUUACCUCAGUCUACCCCUUCCCGUAAAGCGCGAGCGUCAGAUUGAUGUGACAUUUGUGCCGACAUUAACGCCGAACCAACAAAUAGACAAUAAUAAUGAAACUCAGGAACAGCUAAAAGCCAUCCAAAUUACACGACUUAAUAUUCCGAAGUACGGAACCAUUGCUGACAUUUGCAAUGCUGUGGCAAAAGCUGUCAACGAUAGCUCAGUACUCAAGCAUGUGGUUGAGUCCGAGCGUCUUGUUGUCACUGAUGUCUACAAUCAUCGCUUCCAUAAGAUAUUCGGUCGCGAAGAGUCCUAUUCGACACAAAUGGACGAAAUUGUUGUUUACGAGGUUCAGGAGAACUGCUCUUCAGUGGCCGUGUAUUUGCGUGAAGUAAAAGCCGACGAAACAACCGCUCUAUUCGGCCGUCCAUUCAUUGUUAGCGUCAGUGACUCUAACUAUGAAAACUUAUACGAAUCAGUGACACAACAAUUGCGACGAUUUAUGAAAAUCCCAUUGUCUGAAGAGGAGUCCGAUUCCGACGAAGGAGUGGCAGAGUGUGAGCGCACCGAUCGGUUUAGUCUCACUUUUGUCAACUCUUACGGAUCGCUAGAUAUUGAACGUCUCGACCGAACCAAACCCUUUGAAUUAAAUAACAGAAACUUCUUAGCCGUAGAUUUGCCCACAAGAGUGAAGACCAAGUAUUACAAUGAGUCGGAAGUGGAGAACGCAUACAAACUGGCGGUUCAGAAACAGGCGCCCAACGGACCCAAAACAUGUUUGCCUCUCUCCGAAUGUAUCUCACAGUUCACGACAACCGAGCGGUUGGGUGCGGACGACCCCUGGUAUUGUCCCAAAUGCAAGAAACACCAAAUGGCGUCCAAAAAGUUUGAUUUAUGGACUCUUCCAAAGGUUCUAAUAAUACACUUAAAGCGGUUCUCGUAUUCGCGCGUAUAUCGCGAUAAACUGGAUAUUUUGGUUGACUUCCCGCUCCAGUCCUUAGAUAUGGGCGAAUAUCUACUCAAUAACCCAAACAAUGAAUCAAAAAUCUAUGAUUUAAUAGCUGUGGCCAAUCAUUACGGAGGUCUCGGCGGCGGUCACUACACGGCAUACGCCAAGAACUGUCACACCAAGAAAUGGCAUUAUUUCGACGACUCGAACGUGAGUUUGGCCGCCGAAGACAAUGUCGUGUCCAAAGCGGCGUACGUUCUCUUCUAUCAACGCCGCGAAUGAUUGUCACAACUCUUAUAUUUAAACUAAUUGUAUUUAUCAACCAUUCAAAUGAUAAAUUUAUUUAAUUCUAUAUUAGUUUCAAGUUUUAAACUCAAAAUUAAUAUUAUAUUAUUAUUCAAUCGCUUUUAUUCACCAAAAACCCAAUUGUUUUUACUUUAUUUACAUUAUUUUAAGCCUAAAUUUUAGUGUCAAUAUUAACAUGAAUUAAAAUACGCUUUUGUUUUCAAUAAAUAGUUAUUUGAAUUUUAUGACAA